AUGUAUCAUUACGGGCACGCUCACUGGCUGGCCGAUUUGGGCUUUGUGGUAGCCGAAGCAGACAAAGCAGCGUAUCUCGCCCGGCAGACGUAUGACGACAUGAGUGCGGGCGCUGUCGAGAUGCGGGGGAAAGCUGCUGUUAAGGUGGUUCGAGUUGGUGAUGAUAACGGCCGUCAUUCUCCUCACCAGAACCCCAGGAAUUGGUCGCAGCCUUGUCGACCUUGCUUCCCGGCUCCCAUCACGCUGCCCGAAGAUGUGCCACGUGGCAAGAAUGCCAUUCUCACCCAGUCUGGCUUCGUCACGCGGGAUGGCGAUGACCAACCAGCCAGCCGACUCGCUUUGCCAUUUCCUGCGGUUCGAGAGGAGUGCAUCCGCCAGCACGGCGCCCGUUCCAAAAACCCCAACCUCAACCGGCCGCCUCCAGUGAGGUUUCCACCGCUCGACCUCUUUGUCAAGUUCGGUUGCCUUGUGCCGAAGGCAGAGGCUCAAUGCCUGCUCCUCGUACAGAAAUACCUACCCACGGUGCCUGUCCCCGAAGUCUACGGCUGGCAAUAUGACGACAGUCAGUGCUUUAUAUAUGUGGAGUUGCUUGAAGGAGAGGCACUAGAGGAUUGCUGGGACGAUCUCUCCGAGGAUGACUAG